UCAGUCUCGAGACCGCGCCUGAAUUUAUCGUUAUAUAUUAGUAGCUAUCUAAAAAUGCACAGAUGAAAACAAGUCGGAUAUUUUUUUUAGACCUGUUUUUGGAAGUGACUACAAAAAAUAUUUUUUAGCACUGUUUUUUCUUUCUUGGAACUUUUACACGUGACUUUUGCAUAUUAUUUUCUCACUUUUCUAUUAAGCAUGUGGACUUUUUUGGGGAUUGCGAGCUUCACGUAUGUUUAUAAAAAAUGCGACGUGUUUUUGUUUUGGGCUUCUAGAGAGCUGGUGAUGGCUGCAGUGGGUUUUCUCCUAGUGGGAGCAAUUCUCACCUUUUACAGGUACCGGGGUCAAAAAACAGCUCAAAUAUUACAGUUACCCCUGGAGAUCUUAUCCAUUCUGCCUUUUACUAAUAAAGUCAUCCAGAAAAGUCAUCCAGAAGUCAGACAAAGGGACAAAGCAGCAAAGGCGAAUGUAAAGAGAGUUAAAGAAGACCUGAACACAGAAAGUACCUCAGAGAGUGGAUCCUCUGCUGAUCCGGAGCCUGACGUCAUCAUCGUGGGUGGUGGCGUGCUGGGUUGUGUCAUGGCGGCUGUGCUGGCACGAGAUGGCCGGAAGGUUACCGUGGUGGAGAGAGAUAUGUCCGAGCCUGAUAGAAUCGUGGGAGAACUUUUGCAGCCAGGUGGCUUUCGUGUGCUCAGAGAGUUGGGACUGGAGGAUGCAGUAGAGGGCCUGGAUGCUCAUGUGGUCUGUGGGUAUGUAAUCCAUGACCAAGAGAGUCUAUCAGUGGUGGAGAUCCCUUACCCACAAGACGAGUGUGGCAUUCAGUGCGGCCGAGCCUUCCACCACGGUCGCUUCAUUAUGGGCCUGCGACGUGCUGCUCUUAAAGAACCCAAUGUGAUGUUUGUGGAGGGAACAGUAACCAGUCUGAAGGAGGAGGGGGACUGUGUGAAAGGAGUUCAGUAUCGUGACAAGGACUCUGGGAAAAUCAAGGAGAUCUACGCUCCUUUAACGGUAGUCGCUGAUGGCUGUUUUUCCAAAUUUCGUAAGAGCCUCAUAUCUGGAAAAGCAAAAGUCUCCUCACAUUUUGUUGGCUGCAUAAUGAAGGACUGUCCUCAGUUUAAGUCCAAUCACGCAGAGCUGGUGCUGGCAAACCCCAGUCCAAUCCUGAUCUACCAGAUCUCCUCUAGCGAGACCAGGAUUUUGGUAGACAUCAGAGGAGAGAUGCCCCGAGACCUAUCAGGGUACAUGGUGGAGAAGAUUUAUCCUCAGCUACCAGGACAUUUACAGGAACCCUUUUUGCUCGCUCUGCAGAACGACCGUCUCAGGACGAUGCCUGCCAGCUUCCUGCCGCCUUCACCAGUCAACAAACCAGGAGUUCUGCUUCUGGGAGACGCCUACAACAUGAGACAUCCUCUGACUGGAGGGGGGAUGAGCGUAGUGCUUAACGACGUCCGCAUCUGGAAAGAGCUGCUCAGGAACAUUCCAGAUCUGUAUGAUGACAACGCCAUGCUUCAGGCAAAGAAGAAAUUCUACUGGGAAAGAAAGUGCUCCCACUCGUUUGUGGUGAACGUGCUGGCUCAAGCUCUUUACGAGCUGUUUGCAGCAACAGACUGUUGUCUGAACCAGUUAAAAAGAGCCUGCUUCCAGUACUUCAAACUGGGUGGAGAAUGUGUCAAUGGACCGAUAGGUCUGCUGUCUGUGUUAACGCCGAAGCCCAUGACUCUGAUUGGACACUUUUUUGCUGUUGCCUUGUACUCCAGCUACUUUUGCUUCAAGUCGGAGUCGUGGCUGAUGAAACCAAGGGCCUUGGUGAACAGUGGAAUAAUUCUGUACCGCGCCUGCGCCAUUUUAUUUCCGCUCGUCUAUUCAGAGCUGAAGUACCUGGUGUACUGAACCACACCGACAGUCACGUCUCCAGCAUAAAGACUGCAAUCAGAUAGGUGGGAAAGCACUUCAACAUCGUGGAGAUGUUGCGCUAAGAAACGAGCCAGCCGUGCCUUUCACCAUCAUGCGUAUCGACAUAUCUAAACCUCAUAUCUGUUUAUUCAUUAUGGUACAGUGUAAAGAGCUUGCCACAUACAUUGACAAUGAGAUGAAACUCAGUUUGAGCGGCAUGCCACUUUUUUGUGUGUAGAGUUUUGAAUAAAAAAAAAAAAAAAAAAGAGAAAUUGGAUGAAAUCAAAGCCCCGUGGUUUUAAACCAAUGCACUGCGACAUCUGUGGAAUUCUUCAUCUAAAGAAAGGAGUUGAAGAAACGUUAUUAUUAAAAUUAUUUUGAAUCAAAACGGAAAUAUAGAAUGACACAUUCACAGUUUUUGCUUGUGCCAUCCAUCAGCCCUCGCAUUUCCCUCUGAUCACAAUUUUUUUGUGUGUACAUUGAUUUUAAAUACAUACGAAGCACUAAAAUUUAAUUGCCACCCACGUAUACCGGAUUAUAAGUACCUCCUUCCCCUGCACUUCACCUGUUCUGCUUUCCAGAACAAAUGUGCCUUUGAAUCAAUAAAACAUGUUUAACUGGGA